GGACAAACACUGAGCCUUUUAUAUAUAUAGAUUAGCUGAUUUGUGGUAAAUCACAUUUCCCUCCCCCUAAUUUCUGAUUCAGGGGGCUUGGGAAUCCACACUUGAACAAAGACCAACCAGCAAAACUCAAAUGGAGCCACAUUUGGGGACUGUUAAAACAUUCUGUUAAACAAAAAAAAAAUUGACACUUGUUAAGGAACAGUAAGGCAAACUUUUCAAGGGGGGCUACUACAGUGGGGUUCUGUAGUGGGGGAGAGAUUGGGCUCAACUCCCAAUGCCAUAGGGAAAAGUGGGAAUUUGUAGCCAAGGAGCAGGUCGGGGGUCAGUGGAUGGGAAGUUUCUAGGAGAAGGUAAGGGUGGAUUCUGGCUCAACCGACCUAAACUGACCUAACAGGACUCUUGCCCAGGGCAAUCCGGGUGAUCAGACACCACCCAGGGUGGGUCGUGCAGGAUCAGGAACCUCAUCGGAGUCUAGGCCCUGGUGAUCAGAUAUCGAGGGUAGGGGCCUCUGGCUAAACCAACUUCGCAGGAUUCUUGCUAAACCGGACAAUGUGGAGAUGAACACAGAAGCCCCAAGUCGGGGCCUAGCGGAGAAGAGUUCAGAGGAGCCGGAUUGGGUUUGGGCAGGGAGGCGCUGUCAGGACCCAGGACAGCGGGGUCGGCUUCACACACCCGCCGGCCGGGGGCGCGGACACCGCGAGCUGCCUGCAGGGGGCGCGCCCGAGCUUCAGCGCGGGCCGCGGGAAACCGGAAGUGCGGAGAGCGCGCGGGCGCUGCGGCAGCCGGGGACGGGAGGAAUCAAAGCUGGACUCCCAUUGGAGGACCAACAGGCCUACAGUUAAUUCCUGGUGUGGUGAGAAGGCGGGGUUUGCUGUCCUGGAUCAGAAAAGCGAGUCCGUCAGGGAGGGCCCUGACUCUUCAUCAGCGACGGGAGGGAUGGCAGCCUUACAUUCGGGGGCUAAGAAGAGGGUCCUUCCCUCCUGGAUGGCAGCCCCGGGGCCUGAGAAGAGAAUGUGGCCGGUGAAGACCCCGAAGAGGAAGAGGAGGAGGACGGCCGCGGUGCCGGCGGCUGCAGCCAGACUCCCCGCAGUGAAGACUGUGUACUGCAUGAGUGAAGCCGAACUUGUCGAUGUUGCUCUGGGGGUCCUGAUUGAGAACCGACAACAGGAAAAGGCCUUGGGGCAGCGGCCCCUGGCAGGCACCGCUGAGCCAGAGCUGUCCCCCAGCUGCUCGGAGCGGCCGGCUUCUCCCGAGAGAAGUGAGGGUGAGGACAGUGGGGAAGCCGCCCUCCCCCCAGGCCUGGGGCGGCCGCAGGGGUCUGCAGGCUUGGAGCCUGCCUGCAGCAGCAGCCCUGAGGAAGAUGAGGAUGCGUUCAAGUACGUCAGGGAGAUAUUCUUCAGCUAAGGGACAGGUUCCCAGGACGCUACGGCCGGAACAGCUACCGGACGCUGGGCUUUGGCUCUGCCUGGGGACUGCGCCCAGCUCCAUGCCGUUGGGUGGAGCCAGAAGCCCUGACACUCGGCCUUGGGAAGUGAGGGAUCCGAAUGAGCUGCCGUCAGAAUUCCUCUCUGCAUCGUCCUCCCCGGCACAGGGGUCUGCAGUCCCCAUGUCUGUGUAUUCAGUGACCAGGCUCCAGGGAAAUGAGGUCACAGUGUCAGACUUAUUGGCACCAAGGAAUCAAUUUAAUAACUUUCAAACAGAAAAAAGUAUGGCUGCUAAAUACACCAGAAUUGUCCAGUUUAGGCAGCACCCUCACAGGCAGCCAGGCAAUCCCUGAGCCGCCCUCUUAGCCCUGAAGACGUUUUGCCCACAGUGCUCUGCUCUGUCUGGGAGCUUAGCGCUCCCGGGGUACCUUUGGUCCAAGCCUUCUACCCAUCAGACAGGCGGCCUCUCCUGAGCUGCCCCCUUCCUUCUACUUGGCGGCCUUGGCCUUGAUCCCUGGCCACUCUGAAAGUGCGAGUGGGACAGGCUCCCAAAGUGGACGCUAAGGACAGGAGGUCAGGGCCGAGUCCACAUUGCCUCUGUAGUCAGUGUGGCUUUUGGCAGGCAGAGUCAGGCAACCAUUGUUACACAGUUUUUCAAUAUACAGUGCUUGAAAAGUACAAUUCCCCCUGCA